CAGCGACGUCUGGGCGGCCGACCAAGCAACAUCUUUCACCUGUUCAUCUGAGAGAACUAGUGUUGAUCAUCGACGGCACCCCUUUGCCAUGGAUCAGGUGGCACAACGUGUUAGCCCACGGCGUUGCGGUGCUGCUGUGAGGAAGAACAAAAAGCAUAUCGUAAGAGGUCCUAACUGUGAGGAGGGUGAGGAUUUUGAAGGUUUCAUCAGGUAUGCCAAUCGCGUAAGAAUGGAUGAUGCACAAUUUGCUACAUUGAAACAGCUAGUUGACAAGCACAUGCCAAGAAAGCCACCGUAUGUCUGCACGAUCAAAAAAUCAAACGUCGUGAAGAAUAAAGCAAAAAUGUACUUCUCGAGGGGAUUCACACUAAACCACAUUGCUAGGCAUACACAGCUACCAGCAGAAAUAGAAGUUUAUUCAUCGAAUACUAAAAUUGCAACAGUUAAGAUGGUGAUGAGCAAGUCACAGGUCAAUGGAAAAGGCAAAGGAGGUGCCAUGAUAACAACAAACUGGAUGGAGGUUGUGAAGAAGACUAAUAUGAGAGUUAAAAACGUGUUUGUGUUCUGGUUCCGUGGUAGCCGCGGUGGUGGUCUCAAGCUUCUGGUUGAUAUUCUCUGAAAUCAACAAAGGCAUUACAUUAUUUUUACAAUUAGCUUAUUUGUCCAAGUUGGAAGUCAU